CGGCGCCUCCAAAGGAGUCCCGGGCAGACUGCCGCUGGGCCUGGAGGCUCCGUGGUGCUGCGGAGGGAGGCUCAGCUGCGGCCCCGGCCAGAGCCACUCUGCCUGGCACCACCUUUUCUUUCAAGAGCUCAAGCUGAUUCUCCCCCUCCUGGGUCCCCACAACAGCCCUGUGAGUUUCUUACUCCAACAAGGCAUCAUGUCGCUGUCCCAUUUGUACGGCAAAAAUGACGCUGCUGCUGAUGACGAUGUGGAGAUGGAGAAAUUUGAGAUCACCGACUGGGACCUUCAGAAUGAGUUCAAUCCCAACCGGCAGCGCCACUGGCAGACCAAGGAGGAGGCCACCUAUGGCAUGUGGGCUGAGCACGAUUCUGAUGAUGAGAGGCCCAGCUUUGGGGGCAAACGGUCUAAAGAUUACUCGGCGCCUGUUAACUUUAUCAGUGCUGGGCUAAAGAAGCCAGCAGCUGAUGAGAUAACAGAUGAAGAUUCUGAUGAGGAUGAGAAGCCUCUGAAGCAGGAAGAAAUCCCCAAAGAGUUUGUGCCAAAGAAGUUAAAGACAGGUGGCAAUUUCAAACCGAGCCAGAAGGGCUUCAUAGGAGGAACCAAAUCUUUUAUGGACUUUGGUAGCUGGGAGAGGCAUACAAAAGGAAUUGGGCAGAAACUUCUUCAAAAAAUGGGCUAUGUGCCUGGAAGGGGCCUUGGAAAGAAUGCUCAAGGUAUCAUCAACCCUAUUGAAGCUAAGCAGAGGAAAGGCAAGGCAGCCAUAGGGGCGUAUGGCUCUGAGCGAACCACACAGUCCUUGCAGGACUUCCCUGUUGUUGACUCAGACGAAGAGGCAGAGGAGGAGUUCCAGAAGGAGCUCAGCCAGUGGCGGAAGGACCCAGGUGGGGGCAAGAAGAAGCCAAAGUACACCUACAAGACUGUGGAGGAACUGAAAGCCAAAGGCCGGGCUGGGAAGCAACUGUCGGCACCUCAGAAGGAGCUGGCACAAGUGAAGGUGAUUGACAUGACCGGCCGGGAGCAGAAAGUCUAUUACAGCUACAGCCAGAUCAGCCAGAAGCACAACAUCCCUGACGACAACCCCCAGCUGCCUCCACCGCUGGGCAAGGACUCCAAGGCGCAGGCCUUCAGUCUGCCUGAACUGGAGCACAACCUGCAGCUCCUCAUUGACCUGACGGAGCAGGAGAUCAUCCAGAAUGACCGGCAGCUGCAGUACGAGAGGGACAUGGUGGUCAACCUGACCCAUGAGAUCGACAAGAUGGCGGAGGUCCUGGAGCGGGAGGAGGCAGACACGCGCAACCUCAGCGAGGUCCUGGAGCUGGUGGAGGAGUGUGAGAGGCGGAUGCAGCCCAACUGCAAGGACCCCCUGACCCUGCCUGAGUGCGCCAGGAUCUUUGAGACCCUCCAGGACAAAUACUACGAAGAGUACCGGAUGUCCGACCGCGUGGACCUGGCUGUGGCCAUUGUCUUCCCUCUCGUCAAGGACUACUUCAAAAACUGGGACCCUCUGAAGGAUCACAUGUAUGGCACUGAUAUCCUAGCCAAGUGGAAGAGCUUGCUGGAAAACGACCAGUUGCUGUCGCACGGUGGGCAGGACCUUGCCUCGGAUGCUUUUCACAGGUUGAUGUGGGAGACUUGGAUGCCGUACGUGCGGAACGUGGUAGCACAGUGGCAGCCCCGGAACUGCAUCCCGAUGGUGGACUUCCUUGACAGCUGGGGGCACAUCAUUCCUGUUUGGAUACUAGACAACAUUCUGGACCAGCUGAUCUGCCCCAAGUUGCAGAAAGAGGUGGAAAGCUGGAAUCCCCUGACGGACACGGUCCCCAUCCACUCGUGGAUCCACCCCUGGCUGCCCUUAAUGCACACCCGGCUCGAACCACUCUACUCGCCCAUCCGCAACAAGCUGUCCAACGCCCUCCAGAAAUGGCACCCCAGCGACUCCUCGGCCAAGCUGAUCCUGCAGCCCUGGAAGGAGGUCUUCACCCCGGGGUCCUGGGAGGCCUUCAUGAUCAAGAACAUUGUGCCCAAGCUGGGCUUGUGUCUGAACGAGCUGAUGAUCAACCCCCACCAGCAGCACAUGGACUCCUUCUUCUGGGUGAUGGACUGGGAAGGGAUGAUCUCUGUCUCUAGCCUUGUGGGGAUCCUGGAGAAGCACUUCUUCCCCAAGUGGUUGCAGGUGUUGUGCUCCUGGCUCAGCAACAACCCCAAUUACGAAGAGAUCACCAAGUGGUACCUGGGCUGGAAGUCGAUGUUCUCCGACCAGGUGCUGGCCCAUCCCUCCAUCAAGGAAAAAUUCAACGAGGCUCUGGACAUCAUGAACAGAGCGGUCUCUUCCAGUGUCGGUGGCUACAUGCAGCCUGGGGCCCGCGAGAACAUUGCCUACCUCACACACACAGAGCGCCGGAAGGACUUCCAGUAUGAGGCGAUGCAGGAGCGCCGGGAGGCUGAGAACAUGGCGCAGCGCGGGAUCGGCAUGGCCGCAGGCUCUGUGCCCAUGAAUUUCAAGGACCUCAUCCAGACCAAGGCGGAGGAGCACAACAUCGUCUUCAUGCCAGUCAUUGGAAAACGGCAUGAAGGGAAGCAGCUCUACACUUUUGGCCGCAUCGUCAUCUACAUUGACCGGGGUGUGGUCUUUGUGCAGGGGGAGAAGACCUGGGUCCCCACCUCCCUGCAGAGCCUCAUCGACAUGGCAAAGUGAGGACAAGGUGCUGGGACUCAUGGGGCACAGCACUGCCUUGCAGGCUGCCUUGCCUCAUUCACUGGGGACCGGGAGGUGCAGGAAGGCAGUCCCUGAGCGGGAGCUGCCCCAGUGCGUGUGGGUUGAGAGCUAUGCUGAAACUCUCCUGCCAGGCUGCGGAAAGACCAGUGCAAACCAAGUGCAUCUAAUGUUGUGAGGUGUCUAGCCCCCUGUAUCUAGGGCUGGGGGCCAAGUACCAUAACCACUAAAUCUGAUUGGAAGCACCUCCACCCUUUGCUCAGCCUUAGUCCACCUGAGCUUCCAAUCAGUGCAUCUAGAAAAUGCUGACGCCCUGAAUAAAAAUGUCAACUUUUUUUUUUUGAGCUCUGUUUUGAGAUGCAGCAGCUAGAGUGAGACAGUAGUUCCAAGUGUGAGAUCACAGCACUGUUGGUGCAGUUUGACCUGGCAGGAGUCAGGGCUUGCUCACAAUGUUGAACAGGGAGGAGGUAACUGGCAAUAAGAAAUGACCACAAAAGUUCAAUGUGUGUUGCUUUUAAUUAAAAACAUUAUUAGAAAUA